AUGGAUUUCCUUCUGGAAUACCUCCUCCUCACAGAGGUCAGGGACCCCGACAUCGCGCGCAUUUUGAGGGACAGUAGCACAUCAACAAUCCACCCUGUCUUCCAACAACGUCGCUGGGAUGGGCUUUCUGACGACGGUUUCAUCUUCUGUCGUCCUGCGCUCGUGCUGGCUUCUUACCUCUUGACUUGCCCUCGUGGCCUACACUUCUUCCACGCGUUCCUCUUUGGCGAGCACACUAUACAUCGCGACCGGCACGGCAUGACACGCACUCGAUUCGAUCCCGUGUACGACACGCAGAGGCCGCUACCACCCGAGGAGGAGAAGCGAGUAUUGGCCGCACUCGAAGAGAUCUCUAAUUUGAUCAGGGUUCGAUUCGCAGAUACAGGUAGAGAUGAUGGUCGGUGCCAACCUGGAGAUACAGUGUGGACGGACAGGUUUCAGUGCAUUACUUCACCACUCGCAACUCGGAGUACCAUCUCGAUCUCACAAAGAACGCUCGACAGGAUCCAGGGUCAGCACCUAUCGGGUCCAGCACCUCUUCGAUGUUGGUUCAGCUUGGCGGUCACACUAGUACACGAAUUUGGGCACGCCAUAUGGUACGCCGCAGCUGAGCCUGAGACAGAAGGGAUCUUUGCGAAUCAAGACUUCUGCGAGAUGGGCUACGCCGUCACCAGUUGGAUCGUUCAUGGUCGUCCAGAAAUCUCACAAUUGCGUCACAACGGAGAAGAGGUCCUCGCCUUGCGACACAUUCCGAACCUCAGCAUGGUUGAGAUCUAUCGCGAGUCUGGCCUCUUUCCUCUCUUCCGCGACCUUGGGCCAGACAACGAAAUGAUCGGCAUUGUCGACGAUGCAUGGCUGAAAGAACUCUUCAUGGGGAUAACGUCGAACAAAAAAUUUGUUGCCGACAAUGGCGAGGGGCUCAGACCGACGGUUACAUAUUGUCAGUGUGAAGACUGCCGUGUAAUCACUGACACAGGAAGCUACCCAACGCACUCAAUCGACAGCGUGGACUCGGCGGACUAUGCUACUCGACCUGGAUGCGUUGCACAUGCCAUAACUCGCCCAGAUCUGGACGGUGGAGCGGCUUCGGAAAACAUCCAGUGGAUGUUGUCGUUGAGUCAAGAAGGAGUCGAAGCUUUGCGUGAUCCAGUCUUCAGAACAUGCGUUCUCGCGCUGCGCGAGAAAUAUCCUUUUCAUAAUAGGGACUAG